GGUCGACUGCAGUCAAGUCUCAGGGUAUGGAAACAACGAUAUUUCACAUCCAGUACAUGUUAUUGGUAUGAUGCGAGCAGGUCUGCUGCUAUGGCGUUGUUGCUGGAGCCUUCUGCCCGGGACGUCACGAAACGCGGGGGAUCGUGAUAGAUCCCUUGCCUUGGUGAGCAGGGUCGACAAAGGUCAACUGAUUCGCGUCACAUCCUCUGCCACCCCGGGCUUGUGAUGAAUGGAAGGUGCAUAUCGAAAGCAUAUAAAGCGAUCCUACUCUGCUUGUUCUCCCAAAUUAUCGCAAAAAAGGAUAUCAGUCUCAGUAUGCAUCUUACCAAAACGUUGCCGAACACUCUUAUGUUUAGGUCUUUGUUGAGACCUGUUUUGACGGCCAGCACCACUCGCAGCCUGCGUAGUACGCCGCAGCAGACGCCAUCUUGGACUUCGUGGGCGACUGCUGGGCCGGGGGCAUCUAAAGCGGACAAGGGGAUGAGCGCCGGGCAGCAACAGGCAGAUCAGACCCCUAGGAAUGAGCCUAUGCCCAGUGCACCCUAUGCUUACACAGAAAGCGUAGAAGGCCAUGCUGGCGAUUGGUUCGAGGAUGGUUCCGUUCCGCUCGAUGAGCCGGAACCCAUCGUUGAGGCUUUCACCAUGUGCGAGCUGAGGUCGACAGACGGUGGUCAUUAUGGUGCGCUCUUUGAAGAUACCGGAGGUGAAGUUCCUAUUGCGGGAAAGGACCAAUGACUGGUUUAGGGUAGAAAACACUUGGGUUCCUUGUCCAUGUUCACACUAGUCAGCAUUGUGCAUUUGAUGUUUUUUGGCCCAGAUUCCCAGUUUCAUGCAAUGCAGGUUGUUGCACCGAAGAGCUGAUAGUAAAAGGCCAUUUUUAUCAUCAAAAGUACUCGCUAACCGCUACAGUACUCUUCACCUGAUACUAGUAUGAUGGACCUAAUUGAACUUCUGUCCUGAACAGUUUUCAAAAUUGACCUGCUCUACAUACAUCUCUUUCC